ACAGCAACUCUCGCUGCGUUCACUGUCCUCCCGUCGCACAUUGAUCCCGCUGAUCGGAGUCAGGAUGGCGUCUGCGCCGUGUGUGUGUGUUUUCCUAGUUUCUGGCUAAAGGUAUCCGGCAUUUGGAGGCUUUGAUGUCCCGUGCAGCGAAUCUAAAAACCAUCGGCAAAGCGGGAACCGGCUGGCACUUUCGCCGGACGAUGGACGAGCUGGUCCACGACCUGGUGUCAGCGCUGGAGGAGAGCUCAGAGCAGGCUGCUCGUGGUGGUUUUGGUGAUGGAGGAGACCACGCUCUGGCCGUGGGCUGCCUGCUGAAGAGGCAGUCCCGGAAGCGGAGGGGCAGGAAACGACGCUCGGACAACCCGCACCCGCCUUGGGAGACGGGCCACCUCAGUGAGGGCUCAGAGUCCAGUGUGGAGGAGCACAAGGACUACCGUGCCAGUACCGGGGGUGUCUCCGCUGCCAACAGCCAUGCCCGAGACAACAGCGACUCGGAUGAACAACUUGGCCCCAAACGGCGAACCCUUCUGACAGCUGACACCGGACGAGGCAAGCGGCCGAUUUGGCCGGACGACUUGGGUGUCCUGGGGUCCGCGGAGGGAACACGCAGCCUUAGACGGAGACGUAAGGUCAAACGUAUGGCUGUGGACCCACCUGCAGAACCAGAACCCCCCUCCUGCACCAUGCUAGGGCCCCCACCUGUUCCCAAAGCCCGUGCCGGUGCCAGGCCGCACAGACUGGGUCCAAGUGAGGUCAGGGGUGCCAUGGAGCUCUGUGGAGGUGGACUGAUGGGGCCAGGGGGAGGGAAGAACAGGGUGAAGAAGAGGAAAAUGGCUCCCUACAGGCUGGGAAUGGAGGCUACAGAUGAAGGGGUGGUGGUGGAGAGCGAGGACCCCAUUUCUUCUCCAACGGAAGGGUCCAAGGACAAGAUGGAGUUGGAGGAGCAGAAGGGUUCGGAUGAGGACAUGAGUGACAGGUGCGAGACCAGCAGUGUCAGUAACAGCAGUGACGGAGGCCUCUACACCAAUGAUGAGGGAAGGCAAGCUGAUGACGAGCAGAGCGACUGGUUCUAUGAGGGCGAGCCAGGCUCCGGUUCAGCACCCGGGGGUGCGUGUGGGAUUGCAGGAGUGGUUCCGUGGUGGGAGAGGGAGACGGGCUCAGAGGAGCUGGACCUAGCUGACCCGGUCUUCAACAGCAUCCUCACUGGAUCCUUCCCCCUCAUGAGCUCUGGAGGACAGAGAGGGUUCCACGCCAGGCUGAGUCGUUUCCAUGGGAACCAUCAGGCAUCUCAGGCAGGAAGCUCCAGCCAAGGCUUCAAUGACAGACUGGGCAGACAAACCCAGGACUCCCAUGAGCCUUGGUUCAGCUCGGGCUCAAGGAGGGAACACGGACAGUUGCAUUGGGACCCACGGUCAGACAGAGGGCAUCGGAGAAGCUGUUCAGUAAAAACAGCCAGCAGACAGACCAGCGGGCACCUCGGCUCUCUGUGUACGGGGGAUGUCAAGCGGAGGCGAAAAGCAGCCCCCCUCGGUUCCGCCGCCCCCUCAGUUGUCGGGGAGAAUGCGUCUCCGAUCCCCGACUCGAACAUGGGGAGUCGGAUGUUACAGAGCAUGGGCUGGAAUCCGGGGAUGGGCCUGGGUCCAGAGGGCCGGGGCAUCACCGAGCCCAUCCGUGCCACACAGAGACCCAAAGGCCAAGGUUUAGGUUUCAACUGAAACACCUGGUGUCUGGAUCCUAAAACCUGAAGCCGGCUGGGACAAGAUGUCCAAAGACCUACAAGGAGUGAGGGAGAUGAACUGCUGCUCAGGGCGAUGAACGAUUAAAAAAAACAAAAACGGUCCAUAAUAAUCCAGGCAUGUGAGUCAUAAGAAGGGAAGGAAUGAGGUUUUACCAAGCAACAGUCUGUGAUGAAAGAGAAACUUUCCCAUAUUGGGGAAACUGCAAGAAGCCUGGGAUAUCCACACAGAGAGAGAGAGAGAGAGAGAAUGACACGUGGAAGUGAAGAAACUGAGCUUGAAAAAAGACUUUUCCAAAAACUUGUCUUCUCAAGAAACUCCAUGUUGGAGAAAAUGACAUUGAUGCCUCAUAGUUAGUUUGUUAUAACUGAGCCAAUGAUGACGGUGUGGUUUGCUUUCAGUCAAAGGUUUUGGUUAGUUAGUUAAUGGUUUUGUCCAAUAUUGCACAAGAAUGUUGGAGUCAAAGACUAUUUGAGCAGGUCAUACCUCAACAUUUACUUUCGGUUUCUUUUUAAGGUAAUGAAGUAAGGGUACACUGUAUGGGUGUGUGUUGGAAUAUCUGGUUCUUUCCCCACCCCCCUAUAUUUUAUUGUUCAUUUCAUGGAAAAAGUCAUAUCAUCAGAAUGUUUCUUAUCUAUCCAAAAACUAAAAAAAAAGAUUAAAUCGAAUCUACAAUUUCCCCCUUCAUUGUAGCACCACUAUGUAUGCAUGUACAGCUGUGGCUGCUGCAGGUUCUGCUGAUGUUUACUAAGGAAACACUUGAGAGUUAAAGUUUUGCCCACUUUUGACUGUCUUACUUUAUGUUAAGUUUGUUUAGGUAUUUAAUCCUGAUGUUUGUACUGCAGAAUGCAGCAUGUUGCCUGCCGUAGUCAUGCUCUAUGACUUGACACGCUGUACAAAAGGAAAUGGCUAUUUUAUUGCCGGGUUACACGCAUUUCAUGUUCUCCAUACAGAUUUGGAAAUUCCAGUGAAAGAGGAAAUUAGUAACUUUAGCUCUUUUCAAUGUCUUCGGAAGUGGUGGGGGAAAAAAAUCAAAAACAUUGCAAUCAUUAUACACGUAUAAAGGUCCUGAAUACCUUUUGUUUCACAGGUCUUUUCGCUUAAUUAGCUCUGAUGGUGAGUAAAGGCUGUUCUUGCAGUCAGAUGGUAGUGAAAACACCUGUGUAGCCAGCAGGUCCUUUAACUAAAACAAUCGAAGAAGUGCGACUUUAAUUACAUUUUAAUAUUUCUUUUAGACCCAUUGUUUCUUGUGUUUAUUUAGGCUAUUGGGUGAAAUAGUUUACCUGCAACCAUAGAUUGUCCUGAACUCAGAUCUGAAAUUAUUUUAAGUGCAGGUAGAGAGUUUAAUGUCUAGAAAAACAAAUUAUGAAUUCAUAAAUGUGCAGGAAGUUGUACUGUAACACUAUUUGUUUCCUCUACUCUGUUGUUGUGACCAUUGAGAACCAUUUGGGUGGUCUUUUACCCCGCUAGGCCUGUUCAGAGUGUGAGAUGUCAGUGAAAGUAUUAAACUCAGAGACUGCCUAAACAAUGUGCUAGUUGUUGUGCUAUGAAGCCAAUCCCACCCCUUCAGCUCAUCAGGUGGUUUACACCAAAGGCUCAUUUUAUAAUCCAUUUUAACUAGAGCCUGACACAUACUGGAUUGUUGAAGCCAAAAAUAUCCCAUGAAAAAUAUCAGAUAAUUACAUACUUUGCUAAGUGUGCAUAUAAAAGAAAAAUCUUACAUUUUGAUAAGCAUCCUUCUAAGAAAUAGCUUGAAAGUUUGGAAAAUGUGCUUAAUCUCUUUCUUGGAGAAUUGGAUGCCUCUUAGCUUAGCUUAGCAUAAAAUAAUGGGCUAGUCUGGUUUUGACCAAAUGUAAAAUCCACGAACCAGCAUCUUUUACAGUUUAUUAAUCAAUACUUAUCUUCGGUCAAUGAAAAAAAUG